AUGAAUGGGGCCCCAGUGCCAGACAUACAGGUAUAUGGCUACCUGCUCCAUACCCACUUGGCUGGGCGAGCUCUGCAGGCUGUACAAUACAGGUCAUCUUCUCAACUCCGAACAAUCUGUAAAGAUGAUUCCUAUGACUUCUAUCUGCAGGAGACUCGAGAUUUGCCAGCUCGAGUGGAGAUUAAGCCGGGUGAUGAAUUGCUGGUUGAAUGUCACUACGAGACCCUGGGUUGUGACUCCAUCACUUUCGGAGGUCCUAGCACUAUUAAUGAGAUGUGCCUCAUCUUCCUCUUCUACUAUCCCCGAAAUAACAUCUCCAGCUGCCACGGGUAUCCUGACAUCAUCUCUGUAGCCCAUGAGCUGGGGGAAGAGGUGUCUGAUCCCAUGGAGGGCAUGAUGGCCAUGAGCAGUGUUGAGUGGACACCAGAGAACAUUAAGAAGGCCGAGAAAGCCUGCAAGGAGGCCCAGCUGACUGUGUUAAUCAAGACUAUUGAUGAGCUUGUAGAAAACACCACAGGCUGGAUUCCAGACAUCAUUCCCACUCCUCGGGGACCCUGCUUAGAAUCUUCAGGAGGCAAAGUGGAGCCCCAGGAUAAGACCCCUGCAGGCUCCAGAGCUGCUCCAAUGCCCCUGUCCAGCUCCAGUGCUGCUCCCCUGAGAUGCCUUCCCCUGACAGCCCUCCUGUGCAUGCAGGGUGCCCUCUCAAGGCUCCUAGGCACGCUGCAGACUGACUUGUGAUUCUGUUUUAUAAGGGUGAUUCCCAGGGCCUUCAUCUCAGCCCUCCCCUUAUCUUCAAAGCCAGGAAUUCCUCCUAUAUUAGCUCACAUAGUCCCCCAGCUGUGUCUCUUCCCAUUACCUAGGUCAUGAACCUAUAGAA